CACACCACAAAAAAAAUCGUCCAAAAUAGAGGAGAGAGCUCUGGUUGCUGCUGCAAAAAUGGCUAAUAGGUAAGAGACACAUUUAUUUUUGUAAUUAUAUUAUUCAAAUGCUAUUAUGAUUGUGUUUAGUUUUAAUUAAUGAGUUUGUUUUUUAUGUAGUGAUUUUAGAAGAUUUGAAUUAGUCGUUCGGUGGAAAUCGGAGAAAGUAGAGGAUAAUUUGGGCGUCAAAUUCGUUGGUGGUAGUAGUUUUCAGUUGACGGUUCCAUCCAGGGUCACAUAUCACAAACUUUGUGAGAAUCUAAUUGCGAGAAUACGGCGUAUAGACGAAGCAGUACAAGAUAGUGAUGUGAUCACAGGUUUCACUUACCGUCUUCCAGAAUGGCAGAAUGGUGUUUUAUUUCAUUAUGCGAUACCUAUUGUGGAUGAUGAUAGUUUGAUUGUGCUUUGGAAUUUUAUGGCACAAAAUCCUUAUUGUUUGGGUGCUGAGAUACAUGUUGAGCUCAGUGAGAAUCAGGGUGGAGAGGAAGAAGAUGAUACAUGGAGCGUGCCAUCCGAUCAUGACUAUGAUGACGGUGAUGACGGUGAUGACGGAGAGGAGGAGGAGGAGGAGGAGGAGGAGGAGGAGGAGGAAGAGGGGGAAGGAGUGCAGCUUAAUUAUCCUCCAUAUUUUUACUUGCAGGGUAAUGAAGAGGACGAAGAAUUAUCACUUGCUGAUUCAUAUGGCGUAAUUCCAAUGCCUAUUGUUGAUAGUUUUGAAGGAGAAUUCUACAAGGGGCAGAUAUUUCACUCGAAACAAGCUGCACAGAUGGCGAUUAAACACCACGCACUACAACGCAACUUUCAAUAUGGCGUGGUGGAGUCGUCACCUUCAAUCUGAAGUCGUCACCUUCAAUGGCGUGGUGCACCGUAGCUCUAGACCGAUCCGGGAAAAGUACACCACCAAUCAGAGAUAGAGCAUAAGCUCGUGCAAACUGCUCAAUAACCUCCCCUUAUGCAUUUUCCGGCAGAUGACUGAAUUCAACCCUCAGCCAAACAAUCCUAACAACAGCGACACCGCCUACAAGAUCAACCGAAACCCGUCCUAACAGUCUCAAACAGAUCGCCGACCACUCCUCAUCCGGUAUAUCAACUACGACAACAUCACCGUCGAUCGCCAGACCGGAUAGUGUAACAACGUCCUCUAACGUGAUCGUGAUCUCACCACACGGUAGAUGGAAGGUCGACAUCUCGGGUCGCCACCGCUCUACGAGCGCAGUAAUCAAACUCGCAUCGGGGUUCAUAGGAACUAGGGGCACGACACUUAACAAGCCUGCCGCUUCGAGAUAUGGCCGAUAAAGCUCAUGGUAAGGU